ACACCUAUGAGCUGCUAUGUUUCACAUGGAUGCUUUGGAGCAACUUGCAGAAAAAAAGCAGAAGAGAUUAAUUCAUUUUUGUUUUGUUUAUGUGAGUGGAAGACAACUGUCACUCAACUUCACUCUUGGUACCCCCUGAGUUGGAGCUGACAUUUGUGGUCCGAUCAAAACUGGCUUGAUUGCUUAUUAUGAAAAGCUGUGUGCAGCCUGCAAAAUCCAGUUUGAUGCCAUCUCUCUAUGUUGUUGUAGCUUGCAGGUUUGUGUCCUGAAAGGUGGUGGUAGUUACUGGACCUAUUGUGAGUACACUGCAGCCCUCUGAGGGGAAACACAUCACUACUGGCGAUGGGAGAGGAUUUAGCUGGGCUGGUCAUGUUUUAAAGAAUCUGUUCGAUCAUGCUACUUUUGAUGGAAAAAUGCAAUUCCGUUAGUAGUUUAGUGUGCAUGGCUGGACUCAGGAUCUAGUAAGAUGAUGUUUUCUAUUGUUUUUAUUCAGAGGUAUCAUUGGAAAUAUAAACAUUUAUUUUCAUGAGUCAAGAGGUCUGUAUUUGUUAAAUGAGCAUUUCUUAUGUUUCAGAGCUUGCUCCACUGUGAGGGUGUCAACAACCAGAGCUACUUCUGUGAGUCGGGACACUGCUGCGGUGAAUCCCAGUGCUGCAGUUACUACUAUGAGCUUUGGUGGUUUUGGCUUGUGUGGGCGAUCAUCUUCAUUUUGAGCUGCUGCUGUGUGUGUCACCAUCGCCGCACAAAACAUCGGCUGCAGCAGCAACAACGGCAGCACGAGAUCAACCUCAUAGCUUACCGUGAAGCACACAACUACCCCUCUGUGCCCUUUUACUUCAGGUUUCUGCCAAGCUACCUCCUCCCUGACUAUGAAGAGGUGGUCAAUCGGCCUCCAACUCCUCCCCCUCCAUAUACUGCCUUACAAGCGGGUCCAUCCUCAGUGGCUUCUAGUCCCCUGGCUCCUGAACAGCAGGAGGGGAACUGUCCAACCACACAGUCCUCUCCAGUCCCUCCAGUAUCUGAUGGGCUGUGUUGCAGACUCAGCAUAGAGGAACCACAACCUCCUACCUUAGACUUUAGGCCGAAGCCUGAGGCCAAAUCCAUGCAAACAGCACAAGAUUCAGGCGUGAUACUUCUGUCAGAUGGGCUCAACAUGGAGGGACUCACGAGCCAGGAGAAAAAAACUGGAAGUGGGGAUGACUCCUGCAAGGACCCCCUGCUGAAGGAUUACAGUCUGUCGGAGGGUUGUACUGAGGAUAAAGAGCGGCUCCCCAAUGGAAGGAGGAGGCGCUUCACAGGGGACUCUGGGAUUGAGGUGUGUGUGUGUGGCCCACGUGGCAGCAGCAGCUGUAGUGGAGCCGGAGGGACAGGCCAGGACGGCAAGGAGUUGAGGGAGCUAGAGAGCCUGCUGGGGCGUGAUGUGGACGAAGAUGAGGAGGAGGGAGAGGAGGCAGUCGACUUCUGCGACAGCUGCAGUCAUCGGGCCUCCUUCAGUGUGGAGGAGGAGCAGGUGCUUGGGGGUUUGGAAAGGAGGGCCGGGCGUGGACCAACAGGAACGUCACAAACACCUCAGAACGCAGGCAGCAGCUCGCUCCACUCACCUGUGUGCCUUCUCCUCCACACCAUCAACGAGCAGGACGGACCGGGUCAUAGCGCCAGUACUGAGCCGCAGGGCUGAAACCCAGUAAGCACAACAGUUUCAGAGGGAAGAAGAUCACAUGGCUGCUUUUCUAACAAAGCAUUGUUUCAUAUUUUAAUGCUUUCAGAGUGUGACUUUUAUGAAUGUGCAUAUCUUAGAUAAACCAGGUGUGGGAGCAAGCUGACUCUGAUAAAGGUUAAAAAAAGCCUGCUCCUCCCACACUGGAACAGUGGCCUUAACCUGUGUAUUCUGGGUUGUUCGGGGACGGUACGUACCCCGUAGCAGCCUGUGGCAAGUGAGAUUUUUUUUCCACAUAAACCACACUUAGAGUUGUUCAGUCAUCCUCAGACAACACAAGCUACUGACCCAGUCAGAGACCACAUCAGGAGCGGAUGUUCAGCUGUCUUAAAGUCAAUGCAAAAUUCUGCAAAGCUGUUCUCUGCCGUCGCUUAAUUAUGUCGUAGAGCAGCUUGCACCGCAGGAACGUUUUGGACGAAUGCAGCUCGGAAUUACCACCGUGUGUUUUCAUACAAGUUUAUACUGUCCAGAGAUGUUGGAGGAAAUCUUUGGGAUGUCCAGUUAGACUCGUGCUUUCAAAGUGCUUUUUAAACCGAUGAACCGCUCUGCCUUCUGUUUCUGUUGCUGUCAGCUCCGCCAGUGAUAGGGAAGUGCACAUGCAUUUACUAAUCUUAGUGUUAGCACUUUGGUUUUGCACACAGUAAAUUUCUCUUGGAAUUCAGCCCUUAUCAAAGGAAAAAAGAAGAUUGUUUCUUUUUUUUCUUAAUUUAGUCUUAAAUUGCAGUAUAUGCUGGUUUCUUAAGUUUUGUUGCAAUGUUAGAAAUUAGGUGACUUGAUAGUAGGGAAUGUAACAAAUUUAUAUCAUAUACAAUCAUUUUUAAACUUAAAUUGUUAAAUGUUUGUAGUUAUGUGCCUACCAAGAAUAAAAUAGAAACUGACUUUUAAUGAACAAUGAUAAGCUUCAGUGAAACCGAAGCCUAAAAAUAAGGUACCAAAAUCAAGACAAAUGUUAAGCUUCUUUGAGAUUACAGAUAAAAUGGACAACAUCAGACCUCAAACUUUCAGUCGCUUCAACAGAAAACCAACAUCACCAGCUUUACUGUACAGAAUCAAACAUUUUAGUCUUUGGAUUUUCUCAUUAACACCCUUUUUUAUUAACCAUUCUUCAGAUUUGUUAUUCUAUCAUUCUAUCAACUUUAAUAACAUCUUUUUUGGGUUAUUGUCACCAAAAUAUAGCUUAAAUUAAUUAUACUAGAAGGUUAUUAUUGCUGACAUCUACAUUGGUGCUGUUAUUUCUAAGGCAGGACAUGCUCUUUUAGAGGCCAAAAACUACAAAAACCUUGAAAAGAUGUGGGGUUCUCUUUUUUAAUUUUUUUUUUUUUUUUUUUCUUUUUCAUCCCUCGCUGAACUUUAUAUUUAGGUAGUUGCUUAUCUAAUGGCUUUGGUUGAGCAACAAACACACAAAGAUAAAAAUUAAACCAAAAUAACAAGGAAACAAAGAAUCAGAUAAGCUAAUAAACAGGAGGAUAUUAGUCACAAUUCAUAUCAGAGAAUCUGUUAAUAAACAAGGGUUUGUACAACAAGAUAUUUCUAAAAUGCCAUGUUUAUUUUUGUAAUGGACACAGUUCUUGGCAAAGUACAAUUCAGUUAGUAAUCAAUAUAUUGCUGCACUGCAGAUAUGAAACAAGCAUAAGUUGCACACUGAAUGCACCUUAUCAUGGAGCCUCAUCACUUAGAAAUGUCUUCAAUAGCGUGAAUGUUUUAAAAAUAAACUUGUUAAACAAUCUUGUCAACUGAUGUCUAUUUGAGACUAAAGAUGUUUUUGAUGAGAAAAUUCUAACAUUUCUGCUAAGGCCUCAAGUCAUAUGUUACAAAUACAUUUGAGAAAAACUUUUCUUGCAUUCUCUGCAAAGCACAAAUGCUUCAGCUACCAGGCACACUGGUUUAUAUGUAAUGUUUAUCCUGAAAGCAUCUUUCAUCAUAUUGUUUUUCCAAAUUUCCAGCACAAGUGCAACAUGAACUUUCCUGAAGAAAUGUUCAGUAGAUUGAGUUCUACCCAUUUUAGCCUGAACACACUCAAAGUGCUUUUCUAUGUUAAAGUUUUUUGUGAACUAGAAAGGGUAUUGUGUACUUGUGGUACAAGUAGUUUAAAGAUUAGCUAUUUUUUUCAUAUUGGCUGAUUCAUUUAAAAUACAUGUAUAAAAAAAUCUCAAAACCACUUUAUAUUUACAAAUUGUGUACAACUCUGUAACAUGAUGGUGAACCAAAUAGUCAAAUUCAUAUUUUUUUAAUGAAAUCAUUAGCUUUAUUAUUAUGAACUGAUUUUUUUGGUCUUAUUUUUAUUGUGGGUAUUAAGUUUUUCUGUUUAUGAAAGACAACACUUUGGAGACUUAAUUUGAGGUUUUGUGAAGGGUACAUCUGACUAACAAUACAAGUUUGUUAAGAGAUCAGUGCGAUCUUGCCAAAGACACUUUUCUUUCCUCUUAAGUGUGUUUUUUUGCACAUAUUCUUUGAAUGUUCUGAUCAUAAGCCAUUUAUUACAACUAAGAUGGAUGUAUGUUCAAUAAAUAUUCUAAAUUUAAA